AUGUUAGCAGGCGCGGGGGUGGCUAAAAAGGCCCCGCCGCCCGGCACGGGUCUCGAUGCCGGUCCCUAUAUCACAGACUUUUUCGCUAACCUCCAGCCUGGUACCCAAGGAGGAAUCAUCAAACAUGCCCUUCAUAGACGACGAAUUGCUAUGGAAAAUAACGCAGCACAAUCAGUUGAAUUUUCAGCAAUGGAACUGAGUGCUUUCGUGGGUGCGCCAACAGCCUCCAGUGUGCCUUCAGAAGACGGGGAAGGUGUAUCAAGUGUUAGCGAGGAGCCAUUUGAUACCUUGGAUACAUUUUUACGAGAAUUACAAGCCGAUUUGGCGGAAGCGAGCCAACCGACUUCAACAACCACACCGCUCAGUACAAUAACCCCGUGUAGGCGCCAGAGGUAUAACAUCGCCGCAGCGAAUCCUCUUCUAGCCGAAAAAUUAGCCGCUCCGUCUAUUCAAUUAUCACCAGUGUCUUCUACAUCCUACGCCGCACGAGCAGAGAUCAAGUCUGAAGAGAUCAUCACCGAGGGCAGCAAAGGUAGGACUCUUUUUUACCCGCAAUUUAUUGCCAUAUAUUACCCUGAACUAUUUUCUUUACCAACUGUGGGCCUUACCGAUCAAAUAUAA